GGCACCUUGUAGUGCGGAUGGUAUUUCUACUGCAACUUCUUUCAGAGAACCAAGAAAAGACCAAGAAUGAGGUACAGGGCAAUCUACGCCUUGUUCUUACUCGUGAGGCUGACUUUCUCUGAGGUCUUCGUACCAGGGCAAGUCUGGUAUUCGACUACCAUACAGACUUCUUUCCUGGACCCUCCCUUGGCGACCAUCUCCGGAAGCAGGAUGAAAUGUGCCUCCUUGGCUAAUAUCUCUCCAGACUGCUAUCUUUUCUGCCAUUCUGUGGAUCUUUGCUCUCUCUACCGGGCGCAAGUUGCAGCCUUCCACCAGCCUCCUCUCGGCUAUGAAACACGCUCUUGCUGGACCCGCAUUUUUGAUUGGCCAACUUGUCCGGUUCCUUACCAGAGACUUCCCGGCUUGGAAGAUCUCGGCUGCCUGCGGGCUGACAACUCCCCGAAGAGCUGGAGUGGUGCUCGGGCCUCCUGCGCGGCGCUGGGCGGGGAUCUCGCCGUCACGAGGACGUCUCAGGACUUCCUGCGUCUUCCGGAGUCACUAUGCUGCUCAGAGCGUGGUGACUGGGCUCUGGGUUGGCGUAUACUCAGAGAUGUGGCUCAACGGAAGGCUUCCUGAACCAGGCGAAUGGUACGACCAAGAACCCAAUGGAUCAGGGUCGUGUGUCGACAUGAGGCUCAGUAACACGCUCGGGAUACCUUACAAUUUCUAUCUUUCUGACAACUCAUGCUCAGAUAUGCACGGUUUCCUUUGCCAGUUGCAUUAAACUGUCUCUUUCAUGGGGAAGAAUGUUGGGUAAUUUUCUCGAGGACAGAUUUGUUUUCGCUCUGCUCUAUUCUUUCUUAGUAAAUGGUUGAUGUGAGACUCUUUCUAUGUUACAGUGAAAAGUGCCCGUGAAGAUUAAAGAUACGCAUACCAUUAUCUGCCGAUAUAUACAAUAUAUUUGAAACAAAUUUGCUCUAAUUUCAUGUGUCACAUUUUUUUCAC